GGUGUUAUUUUGAGAAUGUCUACUGACUAUUUGAUCUUCUAAGCAUUUCAUCCGUGGCGUUUUGCUUCGGUGUCACCUGAGGUGGUCAAAGGUGGGUGACAAACAUGGCAUCCGCGGCUAAAACAGUUUGGUUUCUCCGGCAUUCUCAACCAGUUUUCUCCCGACAGUUCAAACGUUUUCAGUCGUCGGAAGUGAGGCAAGGAUUUCUAGGGACAGUUGGCAACACUCCUCUUAUCCACUUGAAGAAAAUAAGUGAAAAUACAGGCUGUACUAUCCUGGCCAAGGCUGAGUUCCUGAACUCAGGAGGCUCAGUCAAGGAUAGAGCAGCACUUUUUCUCAUCAAGGAUGCCCAAGAAAAAGGUUUGAUCGGACCAGGUGGUACUGUUGUGGAGGGAACAGCAGGGAACACUGGGAUAGGUCUGGCUCACAUGUGCCUGGCCCUGGGCUACAAGUGUGUCAUCUACAUGCCUAACAACCAGUCUCAGGAAAAAAUUGAUGCCUUAACCACUCUUGGUGCUGAUGUCAGACCUGUACCUGUGGCCCCAUUCACAGAUCCAAACAACUAUAACCACCAGGCUCGGAGGUUUGCUGAAAGUAUUAACAAUGCUGUCUGGACCAACCAAUUCGACAACACAGCAAACAGAAGAGCCCACAUUGAGACCACUGGACCUGAAAUAUGGAGGCAAACAGAUGGAAAGGUUGAUGCUGUAACAUUUGGAACAGGAACUGGUGGAACUCUAGCAGGUGUCAGUAUGUACCUGAAGGAUAGAAAUCCUAAAAUCAAGGCAAUACUGGCUGACCCUGAGGGCAGUGUCCUGUACAACUGGAUCAAACAUGGCAAGCUGGAGAGAGAGGGGACUGGGUCCAUCACAGAGGGCAUAGGUCAAGGUCGGGUCACAGACAACCUGAAGGGGGCAGACAUUGAUGAUGCUGUACAUGUUACUGACAAACUUGCUGUGGAAAUGACAUUCCGUUUGCUGCACGAAGAAGGCUUCUUUGUUGGAGCAUCCUCUGGACUUAAUGUGUCAGCAGCUGUGCAGGUUGCCCAGAUGCUUGGCCCAGGUCACACCAUUGUUACCUGCCUAUGUGACACAGGCCAGAGAUACUAUGCAAAAUUGUUCAGCAGAUCAGUGUUGGAAAGCAGAGGUGUCUUGGAGAGCAUUCCUGAACAGUACAGAUCCUCUCUACAUGACUAGUCAACUAUCAUUCUAUGUUCUAUUCCUCUAUAUACAUGUACUGGUCAGUAAAUAUGAAUUAUGUUUAAGUUCAGAAAUACAUGUAUACGUAUACAAAUGUAGUAGAAAAGCUAUUAUACAACGAAGUCAUACAAAAGAGAGACUAUAUUUUUCCAUGUCUCACUUUUAUACACAUAGUACAGCAAAACAUUACUACCUGGUUAGGUGAUUGAUUCUGACCUGAACUUGCUGGUUAUAAGCAAUAGGAGAUACAACAUACCUAAUAGGACUUUGAUAGCAAUAUAGCAUUGGUAUGCUGAAAGCAUUGUGAUAAAAUGUCUACAUAUUGAAUUGCUGAAUGUACCUUAUUCCAAUUAAGCAAGUAAUGAAAUGACACAUCUACUAGUAAAGCUACAAUUUGUGAAAAUUAUGACACUUGCUGGAAUGAUAGGUGUAAUACUUUACAUGCACUGAAAAUUGAUAAUCAUGAUGUAUGUGGCAGAUGUAGGGAUCUUAACAUGCUUUGUUAUGCAAAUAAACUACUAACUUUUGUAGUAAUAUGGAAAGCUGUACUUCGUGUUAAAUGAUUAGUUCAUAUAUCCACUACAAAUGAUUUUUAUAUAAACCAAAGAAACAUUCCUACAUAUCUCGUUCCUUGUGAAGUCUAGUAUCAUAAAUGCUAUGCUUGAUAUUAACCUCAAGCACGUAGGAAUAUUGGCUGUGUGUGGACAUUGGUUAUAUAAUUAUAGGCUUUACAGGUGCCUUUUUGAAAGACUGCCAACAAAACAUCAUUUUUUCAUUCAAUAACUUUCUGCCAUCUAAAGCCUGAAGAUUUUAAUAGCAAAAAUGUAUUUUUUGAUCAAUAAAGGACUCAACAAAUG